AUGUCUGAUCGAAUGCCCAAAGUGGAUCUGAACAAAUUGAGCGCCAGAGAUCGUGAAUUCAUCGAGCGUGUCAGCCGAGAUAAUCAAAUCCGAGUCGCCCGGUUGCAGAGGGUGCGUAGAAACAACCUGAUCACUUUAGGGGUUCUUUGCUCGGCUGUUGUGGGCAUUUACGGCUACACCAUCUACGCAGUGAAGCAGGAAACGUUCCUGGACGACUUCGAGGAACCGGCCAAGAUCAUCGAGAAACCCAACAAGCUUUAAGAUGUUGCCCCGUAGCGUAGUAAGAUUGCCCCCCUUGCCCACUGUAAGGGACUUAGUUAAGUUAUAUA